AUGGCAGGCGACGUGGUCCUGGAUGUUAAAGACCUCCACACCUAUUUCUUCAACCGGCGAGGCGUCACAAAGGCCGUGGACGGCGUCAGCUUCACCCUCCGCGAGGGUGAGACCCUUGGCAUCGUGGGCGAGUCCGGGUGCGGAAAGACCAUGACGGCCCGCUCGCUGUUGCGCAUUAUUCCAAAGCCGGCCGCAAGGAUUGUAUCCGGUGAGGUCAUUCUCGACGGCGAAGACCUUGUGAGUUUGUCUGACGAGGAGAUGAGGCAGGUCCGGGGUAGCAAGAUAGCCAUGAUCUUCCAAGACCCCCAGACCUCGCUGAACCCGGUCUUCACCAUUGGCAACCAAGUGGUCGAGGCCCUGGGCACACACCAGAAGGGACGCAACAGGAAUCUCGCCGAGAGGGCCGUCGACGCCCUGAGGAGCGUGCGGGUAGCCGCACCGGAACGCCGGAUGUUCGACUAUCCUCACCAGAUGAGCGGAGGAAUGAAGCAGCGCGUGCUGGGCGCCAUAGCCAUUUCCAGCACACCCAAGGUAAUCAUCGCCGAUGAGCCGACCACCGCCUUGGACGCGACCAUUCAACUCCAGUACCUUCGAUUGCUGAAGGACAUCCAGGCUGAGACCGGAAUGGCGAUUAUCUUCAUCACCCACGACUUUGGCAUCGUGGCGAGGAUGUGCGAUUCGGUGGCGGUGAUGUACGCAGGACGAGUGGUGGAACGGGGGGACGUGCGGCAGCUGUUCAACAACCCCAGCCACCCGUACACUCAGGCCCUGAUGGCAUCAGUUCCACAGAUGGAACGCACAGACAGGCUCUUCGCCAUUGAUGGGCAGCCCCCGGCCCUCUACGCCCUGCCAGACGGUUGCCGAUUUGCCGACCGAUGCAGCCACGCCCGCGACAUUUGCAUCCGGGAAUAUCCGAGAGAGGGACGGGCCGGGGAGGCCCAUACUUCCUAUUGCUGGAUGCUGCAUCAAGAAUGGCAACAAGCAUCCCCCGUGGCAUCCCCGGUGGGCGUCGUGGCGGACUAG